AGUAGUCUUUCAGUUCCCCAUUUUGGCAGAAUUAUCAAGCCUUGAAUGGUCCAUUCAUCAGCGCUUUCGUGGAAGAAAUGGAAGUGGACGGAGAAAGGAAAGGGGAAAGCGGCGAACGCAGACAAAAAAGAACCUGAAAGGGCUACGUGCUAAUCGAAAACUACCCGUGCCCAACGGAACUCAAAUUGGCCAUUUAUUUUCAUCUUCCUCAUCAAGUAAAGUUUAUAUUAAUUGGAGCAAACCCAAAUCAUAUAAUGAGAAACUUUUCGUUAGAGGUUGCAUCUAAUUUCAUUGAAUACAUAUAUACCCACAAAAACAACACAUUUGAAAAUAAAAGUAGUUAUCAGUUCUGUUAAAAGAUGUUGGAAGGAAAGGCUAUGGUGAAGGAAACAGACAUGCCAGUGAAGAUGCAGAUGCAAGCCAUGGCAUGUGCUUCUCAAGCUCUCGACGUCUAUGAUGUUUCUGAUUGUAUUUUUAUUGCUGCCCAUAUCAAGAAGGAAUUUGAUAAGAAGAAUGGUGGUGGAUGGCAAUGUGUGGUGGGUUCAAGCUUUGGGGGUUUUUUCACUCACACAGAGGGUACUUUCAUCUAUUUUGCCUUGGAGUCCCUCAAUUUCCUUAUCUUCAAGGGAGCUUCUUCUUAAUGGAUCCUUACAUUUUUAGCGUAUGUGCAUGCAUAAGAAGCUGCUGGAAGUUUUUUUUAUUUUAAAAAAAAAUCGCACGCAGCUAGAGGUAGAGUAUAUAGCUAAAAAUGUUCUUAAUUACCUUCUUUCUGCAAUUAAUGGAGCAUCAACUACUUCAUGCUAGUAUUAGACAAAUACUAAUUGCAUCAUAUUUACAAUGCUGGCUGCCUCUGCUUUUUGGUUUGAGCGUAGAGCAGUUUACAGCUCCAUACAGACAGUGAUAGAGUCGAAGACAGAAAAAGGCGCAAAGUAAAGAAAAGGGUUGGGAAGUUGCCAUUACCAAGACAUUCGAAAUUUGCAGCAAGUGAAGCAAACAGCUGCAAGAAAGAAUUGUUGGUUGUGAACCUUAAUAAUUGGAAUAAGAAAAUGCACCUGUUUCAUUUGGUGGUAGAAAUCGUUUGAUUAUAUGCUUUGAUGUGACAUGGAAAGACUAGGGUUCUUUCAUUCGAAAUUUUAUCCAUUUGUAUGUAAUAACACAGUAAGAAUGUUAUCCAAGUUGAUCCUUGACCUGACGUUACCUUA